AUGUCUUCCGGAGGCUCCUCAUCCGGGCCUCAAGGCAGCAGCAGCAAUAGUCCUGCUGCCGCGAGCUUAAGUCCGCCUUCCGCGCCCUCUGGCAAAAGCGCCGCUACGCCGCCGAAGAUUGCGACCGAUGAUGUCUCGGUAGAGCUCAAUACUAUGAAACCGGAGCGCAGUCCGGCCAAGUCGAUUCCGCUGGGUGAAGAUGUCAUGCAGGUUGCUCGAAUUGGAGAAGUCUCGGUCAUGCAGAAGCUGUUCGAUGAGAAGAAGUUCACUGCGAACCACUCGGACGAGGAAGGGAUUACACCGUUACAUUGGGCCGCGAUCAACAACCAGUAUGCAAUGUGCAAGUUCCUGAUAGAUUCCGGGGCCGAUGUGAACGCGAAAGGAGGAGAGUCGGUCGCUACACCUGCGAUGUGGGCUGCUCAGCGGUGCCAUUAUUAUAUUGUUCAUUUGCUGCUCCAGAACGGCGCCGAUCCGCUUCUGACCGACGUCCAAGGCUACAACAUCCUCCAUCUCGCGACGAUCGACGGGAAUGCGUUCUUGCUUGUCCUACUUUUACACCAGGAGAUUCCGGUUGACGUUGUCGAUCAACAGGGGCACACUGGCUUGAUGUGGGCGGCUUAUAAAGGGUAUCCGGCAUGCGUGGACCUGUUCUUGCGCUGGGGCGCAAACCCGAACGCAGUCGAUGAUGGCGGACUGGCGCCCCUUCACUGGGCUCUUGUCAAGGGGUCUUUGCCGUGCGUUCUCAAAAUACUUGAGUAUGGUGCGGAUCGAUUCGCAACGACGACAGACGGCAAAACGCCGGCUCUUGUAGCGCAGGAAAUGAACACGAGGCAUGUCUGGUACCGUGCUCUGAGCGAAUGUGGCUAUGACGCGGAUGGAAACAAAAAGGUCCUUCCCAUGGGCUUGGGCCCUUAUGUCCGGGACAAAGCCGUUAUGUCGAAGUUCUUCUUUCUCUGGCCAUUCCUUCUGCUCUUUGUGGCUCUAUGGAUCCUCGGCAAUAUGGUCGUUUAUUUCGCUAUUCCCAUCGCCGCGGUGGCGGUAUUUGGGCUACAAUGGGUCGCCAAAAAGGCUGCCAGCCAGGGGCCUACGGAAUUUAGGAUACUUCAGAAAACGCCUUUUUUGGCUGGUGUUUUUGCGGGCUCACUAUUCUGGGUCUUCAUCAGAUAUGUGCUCUAUGUGCUACCAGCGACGUAUUCCACAAAUCCCUUCCUAAACCUCGGUUUCGCGGUGUUCUUCUCCUUGACGACAUACUUCUACUUCUUCUCCAUGGUCACGGAUCCGGGGUAUGUUCCGAAGCUUGGCAGCAGAAACCAGCAACGAGCAGUGAUUGGCCAACUGUUUGAAGAGUGGAAGUUUGACGAGGAGAAUUUCUGCGUCUUCUGCAUGAACCGAAGGCCUCUUCGUAGUAAACACUGCAGGCGCUGCUCGCGGUGCGUCGCGAAACAUGACCAUCAUUGCCCCUGGAUUGAUAACUGCGUCGGUGCCAAUAACCUGCGCCAGUUUGUUCUGUAUAUUCUUUGCUUAGAAUUUGGCAUUAUUCUUUUCCUGCAUUUGACUUUCAACUAUAUCAACGGAUUGCCGGCGCCCGCGGAACCAAAGUGUAAUGUGUUGAACGAUCAAAUAUGUGAUUUCGUGCUUCGGGAUACCUUUACCCUUCUUCUCGAUGUUUGGAUCGCGAUCCAGCUGGUCUGGGUUACUAUGCUUGGCGUUGUCCAGCUCGUUCAGGUCUCCCGAAACCAGACCACGUUUGAAAAUAUGAGAGGGCACUCGAUGGACCGCGGUCAUUCCAGCACACGGGCUUUUGCUUCUGCCGUCACAGCGGGUACGACGUCUCUCGAUGCAGCUGGUCUCUCGGCCUCCGGUCAAGGCCCAAAUCCAGCGCUGGCGCAAGGUGGACAUCGGCACCGGGGUGGCUGUCUAAAGCAGUGGUCAUCUCUCCUCGGUUUUGACACUUUCUUCGCAACAGCGCGAGAUGGUCUCCGAGACGGACCCCGUGCUGCACGACCGAAGAACCCCUUCUCCCGCGGCGUCGUCUCUAACUGCCGGGACUUUUGGUGUGAUCCGGCGCCGUACUUUGGCAAACGGGAACCUGGGUCUGCCAUGCUAGGCGGCGAAAUCGUCAACUACAACAGUAUGUACGAGUCUCCGUCGCGCAUGCAUAGCGGCGGCGACUACCGGAGCGUGCCGUACGAUGAAUCGGCGGACAUUGUAUAG